AUGCUGACGCUGAUUCCGAGGCAAUCUCCCUCUCUUUCUAUCGGAUCAUCCGACUCGGGCCUUCAAUCCGGAUCCCCUCAUGGUCCGGUAGAUCCGUUCACUAUCUUUCUGGUUGACCAAUUUCACUCGGUUCCAGUCCCAGUGUGCAUUUCAUGCCAGUCGCUAUUUUUCAAGGCCCCAGAAGCACGUACAUUGCCGCCUCACCGAGCAAAGCGCCUUAGCUCUGAUGAUAUUCUUGCAGAUUUCAGGCCUUCCCGUCACUGGUCCUCUCCUUCAUUAAACCCAUGUUAUCUGAGCAAACUGUGGACGCCUAUCUCUGGUCGCAACAUCUUGGUCUUCAUAUCUUCAAUUAUCUUGGGAGAUUCACCAAAACUCAGAUAUUCUUCUUAUCAUAGGGAUUAA